UGGUGGAUGAAGUCAUUAUAAGUCGAUCCCCUUUUGAGGCUUGAUUCACUCACAAGGCCUGCUUCAUCACCAUCACCCAUUAAAUAAAAACAACGUGAUCUUUCUUCUUUCAACUUAUACACUUACGCGUGCUACUACAUUUUUCAACUAGCGAUUCGUCAUCCUUGUGGCUUUUGUGUCUCUAUCUUUUUUUCUUUAUAAUAUUGUACCCUCCAUUCGUUUCUAUUGUUUCACAUAGGUUUUUAUUUAUUACCUCCGUCAUUAGAGUAAAAGUACCUAUUACACGCAAAAAUACAUCACCAUGCGGUAUCUAUCGUAUUGGAUAUUUCCCAUAAUUUCCGGCCUCAUGUGGCUGGGCACAUUACUGGGACUUCUAAUACAUUGGAACGUGGAUACUCACCGAGUGAAAUACGCCUCUAUGCAAGGAAACCAGACGAUCGCAUACAUAUCAGAUGUAGGCGCAUCCGAACUCAAACCAUUGUUCGUUGCAGGUUGCAUCAUAACCACAGUAUUCCUCGAUCUUUCCUUCGGAUCCGACCGCUUAUUACGGCACCGGGGCCGGUUGGUGCCCAAUACCUCUACCGGCGAAAAAGUUCUGAGCGCGCUUUGCAUAUUCUUCGCCUUCGUAGGAACCAUUGGUCUGGGCUGUUUGUCCGGAUUCGAUACUUUGCGAUACCCUAGGUUGCACGACAUCUUCCUCCUACUUUUCAUUGCUGGUUACCUGUUAUCUGCCAUUUUCAUAUGUUGGGAGUACCAGCGUCUUGGCCACAAGAACCGUCAGCACCGCGUAUUACGUAUCUCCUUCUGGGUGAAAUUGAUCUUCGUAAUUGUUGAGCUGCUCCUCGCCAUCGGUUUCGCGGCCACCAACUUUAAGCAACUGUACAAUGCUGCUGCGAUUCUGGAAUGGAUCAUCGCCUUCGUUUUCUCCUUUUACAUCUUCUCCUUCGUGAUCGAUCUAUACCCCGCCGUCGCGACCCGGGGAAACGUCUACUCCGCCCACCCGAAUAAUGCGCGUCAGAUGGAGGAGACUUAUUUCGCGACACACCCCGGUGUACUUCCCCAAGCGCGAGAUACCGAAGAGAGUCAGCGAACAUUAACGGACGGUCAUAACGGUCGCAACGGUACGAAUCAGAAGGUCAGAACCGACCAAAGAGAUUUUUAAAGGAUCAAUAAUUUAGAAA